UGUUUGAUUUGGGGCGGCUCGAUGCACGCUAGUGGGUGGUGUAUGCGCUUGAGCUAGGCUGGCUAUCAGUUAUGCAAGCUCGUGCGUGCGGCACUAUUGGCUUGAGCGUCGCUGCCUGUUGUGUGGGAUGGAAGGAUGGCAGGUGUGUUUCGGUGGAGGAGUCAUCGUGUCUGGAUUGGGGUAAGCCCCCUGCUUCUGCCUUCGACGGGCGGCACCACGUGCCGCAAUUUCCGGGAGGGCGACUGGAGACUUGUAGGUUGGGAUGGUCAUCUUAGUUUUAUUUUAGUUAAGCAAUAUGCCCGGCCGGGUUUGCCCUCGAUUUUGAUUCUCUUGGUCAUUCGUAGCGACGUUCGUGGUCCCCCGGGCGUACCCAAGCAGGCAAAUAGGCACCCUCAUCCGUCAGGAUCAGAGGCCCUGCUUGAGGCAUCGGCGGGGCUGAACGCAAUCGGGGCCUGCAUCUCCCGGAUGCCUUCGGGGCUGUAUACGUUAGCACGCGUAUCGAGUUCAUCAAGAGUACACAGCAUCGAAUUGUUCAUGCUACAUGUCCAUAACUAUCCAGGGCCGUAGUCCAAAUAAGGCCAACAACGAUGCAGAAGGCCAAACGGGACUCGCCUAUCCAGAGGGGCUUUGGCGCCCUAUCUAUAGGAUUUGCCAUCGCUGGGUCAACACUAUUCAUCGUCAGCCUGCAUGUUCAAGCCUCAGGGGUUCUCUGGGAAGGCAAAUCGAGGCUUGUGGGUCGAAGCAUUAUUCUAGUGUUAGCCUGCAAUACACCCGCCUAGGCAAUCACACUCGGACG